AUGAUCCGGAUGACUCAACAACAUCUAUUGUUUCAAAGCCGAGACAGAGACCCCAUUCAUCACGAGUUCGUAUCGCCUUUAACCCUGAGCAUUGUCGUUCAGUAUCAACAAGACGCCAUGGCUCAAGACCCUGAGAGCAUGGAUGACUUCCCGCCUGUGGUCUCUCCUGACGGCUCUGGAGCGCACUCACCGUGUAGAAAUGUCCAUCUGAAACAUGAGUAUUCUGCCUGCACGACGCAAGCACCUCCUGCGGCCAUCACAGACAUCAGCCCGGGCCUCAACGGUUCCUACUCGCCUACCAAAGUGUCGCCUACAGUUGACGAGACACGCCUUUCGGGAUCCGUCGCGAGCUCGUCCCAUAAUCAAGGUGACAGGACAGACAGACCCGAGCGCGGCGGCUCAUCUCCGACACUGCAACAGCUUAGUCCAGAACACCAAUUUCAGUAUGCACAGUACCAUCUGGAGGAUACUUCACAGCGCAUGCAAGGUCUUCGGUCGAGCCACUCGACCGACUUCGAUGACUACAACCUUGGCAAAGUCUCCAAGCCAGCGGUUGGUAGUGUCUCAACCUCACGACCAAGUCUCGGCUAUAAUGUCAACAACUGCAGUGAUCGGACAGCCUUGUAUGACUUCGAUGGGCAGGAUCAGCCCGUGGAAUCUUGGACACCUUGGGAAAAUUUCACUGCUCCGCAGGAAGCCUCUUACCAUCAGCUGUUCUAUCACCCAAGCCGCUUUGUUAUUCCGUCAUCUGCCGAAGAAGCCCAGCCUACUUCUUCGUCGUACUCGACGUCAGGGGAAAGGUCAGGCCAACCCUACGACAACGCCAGAGACGAGGAUCUUGGCUUUCCUCCGAUGCGUGGCACUUACAAGCACCCAAACCCCGCGGCUGGCACAUCCAUGACAUCUUUGUCUCCCUGCAGCAACACUUUAGCGAUAACAAGCGAUGCAAUCUGCAAAGACCGGGAGGAUACCGCGCCCCUAUCCCCUGAUCCUGACAUUGAAAUGGACGCCGACAUGGUCUACAACCCCAGCCUCUACGAUGCUGAGGAUGUUCUUGGAUCUAGAUCAUCGACUGAGCCUGCGGGAGGUAAGAGCGACGAGCCGUACGCGCAGCUCAUCUACAGGGCUUUCCUGUCGCGGCCGAACAAGUCAAUGACGUUACAGGAGAUUUAUCAGUGGUUCAGGGAGAACACGGACAAGGCAAAGAGUACAGGCAAAGGAUGGCAAAAUUCGAUAAGGCAUAACCUUUCGAUGAAUGGGGCGUUUACCAAGCGAGCAUCCAACCAGGCGGGUCUGAACAGCGACGGAAGUCUGUCAUUGGACGCUUCAGGUGCCGAUGGAAGGAAAUCGACUGAGUGGUAUCUCGAGCCGGGAUACUACGGCGGCGUGGAGAGCACGACCAGGUACCGCAAGGGGAAUAGUAAGAGUGCUGUUCGAUCCCACAGAAGUGACAGGACAUUUGACGGAAAUACGAAGGCCGUUUCAGGCAGAAAAGGUGGUGUCCAAGCCGCCCAAAACAGGAAGAGAGUGAAAGCUGAACAACAACAAGAAGCAGCCCGGCAGCGAAUCCAACGACUGCAGCGAUGCGGACCUCCUUAUUAUGCGGAAGAGGACGGCCACUACUACGCUGAAUACCCCCCGCAGCUGCCUCCGAAUACUUCCUCUGCCUACUACACACAAGCUCAGCUUGGGUUGACCAGGAGCGCCGGGAUUUCACCCAGCCGACAAAGCCCUCUGAGUCUCAAUUAUUUUUACCCUCAGGACCUGGGAAACGCUCGCGACACGCACAGAAUGGGACUGUCAGGCGACCUCGAUCAUUCCACCGAGCCCACAACACCACCGGGGUCCGCGCAUGACUCACCCGUGGAUGAUGUCUCAUACGGAGCUAAGUUCCGUGGCUACCUGCCCGGAUUCAUCGCAAAUCCCGACAGGUACCCGUUCCAACAACCGCCGCCGGCGACCUCAAUGUCACCCGCAGACUACGCACAGCAGCAGGGCUACACGCUCGAGCAGGUUACGGGCAUCUUCGAGCCCCCGUCGGGCAUCGAAACCUCGCUGUUCAUACACGGCAGCAGUCUGACGGCCGAGGAGGCCGCGGCCCUGAUCGCCGCGAACCCUGCUUGGGCGAACACGAGCCCAUACUGCGGAUAA